AUGUGUAACAUUAAUUUAUUAUUCACGUUUUUAAUUAUAAUCGCUUUAGAUUAUACUGUGCGAGUCCAAGGUUUUAGGAGGUAUUAUGAUAAAAAAGGUAGAGAAACUGUAUUGGCUCUGGAAGGUGAAAGCUUUAAUAUGGAAUGCAAGGCAGACGUGGGACUAUCUUAUUGCGGGUUCCGCAAUCCUAAGGGGCAGAGGUUUUCUGUUGCAUCAUCUGGUCUAAAAGGAGGAUUCUGCUCCCUGACGGUUACGACCGCAAAAACGGAUAAUGGCUUAUGGAUUUGCCAUAUGGGUACACAUGUCACGGGAUUGGAAAAAAUAAAGUUAAUCGAAGUUCGCGUAGUAGAUCCAGUAGCAGCUGUCUGGAAGAAUAUCUCACUACUCCACCACAGUCUUGGAUUAGUAUCCUGCGCAGCUAUUCAAGGAAUGACACCUUUGACGUACUGCCGCUUCGAACCACCCAAUGGACCACCGUUCAGCAUUAACGCUGAUAUAACGAAAGACAACCCAAUUCAAGGAAAAUAUUUCUUCCCAAGAAAUAAGAGUUUGGACCGUGGCGACUGCGCUGUGAAUAUUCUCUUUACGUCGGAAGAAGACAUGGGUCUAUGGACCUGUGGGGCUAGCCUUGAGGAUGGAAAGGAAUACACCGACACCGUUUAUGUGUAUGUACAUGGCUUCUACAAAAUAACAACAGCUUCAGUGGCGCCAUAUUUACUCGGACUGCUUGGGUUUCUGCUCGUGGUCGUCGUAAUAGGCAUGGUUGUGUGGAGGCGGCAAUUGUGUGUGAAAAUAAGACCUAACGAAGAAGGUGACGUUCAUGAGAUGCAGGCGCUUCCAGGACCCUCGCGUGAUCUAAGUUUGCCGAGACUGGUUGUAGAAUCACCAACGGAACCUAGUUCGUCAUUGUCUCAUUCUCAGUGCUCAAAUUAA